GUACCCAAAGGCAAUGAGAUAGCUUUCAAUUUGGAAGUAUAUUUGAAUAUUUUGGAAAACAAUUGCUGUCGCACACUACGAAGCUAUUGAGGGACACGCGGUUAGGGGCCGCAUGCUGCGUUAUUGGUCCUCUUAAAGAUGCCAAGUCAUUGGCCAUGUCUUUUGAUCCUGCUUGUUUUAAUCGUACUCCUGCUAGCUGUUGGCGGAUACUACACUAUUAUUCACCCGAAACAGAUUCACCUGGAAAGCUGUUAUCACAAAGGCGGAGCCUGCCGAGAAACGUGGAACUGCGAGGAGAGGUACCGCAGUCGUGUUCGCACCACGUGUAUCAACAAACGAAAGGUCUGCUGCAUGUCCACGCUCCAGAUAAAGAGCCUUCAGGAUGCCGAGUACUACGCCGAGUGAAGGUCCUUUGGAUUGGAGACUGCCCAAGUCGAAACAGCCGAACAUGCCACUUUUAUUGCACACAUUAUCCUGUAUUGAAUGUAUCAUUUCGUAGGCAAUUUAUUACAAUGGAAUAAUGAAGUUAAAUUAGUAUUCCGGA